AUGAUCAAGUGUGACCAAAAGGAGCCGGCAUGCACACAAUGCGAGAAGAAGAACCAGCCAUGUCCCGGUUAUCGCAACCUUGUUGAUCUUAUGUUUCGGGAUGAGAGUUCCCAUGUUAUCAAGAAAGCUGUCAAGACACGGGCUAGAUCUAACGUCCAACAAGCCCACAAGAGUCCUGCCGGCCAGGAACUUGGCUCUGCAUCUACAUCGCCAUCCACCGGAUCCGUUACCAAUCCAUCACCUCCGUUCGCCAUUGACUUGAGGUCUAGUGCAGCCUCCGCACCUGCACUCAAAACAGAAAACCCCAAGAGAAAAUCCGCUAGACGUACACGAAAAGCUCACACUCGUUGCCGAGCGCCCGUACUCUCGGCUUUGAUUAAUGACUGGAGCCGGUCCCCAUCGGAAACUUCGCAGGCAAGUCCAAGUGAUGCUAAUGACGGUAACGGAUCAACUGAACAGCAUGUUCCCUUGGGCGACGCGCUUUCUCCUCAACUCCAGGAUAAGGGUACUGCUUUCUUCUUUUCCCGCUACGUAGUGGCGGAUAGAGGCUCUCAUCAAAACUAUGCUUUCAUAUACGAUGUAUGGAAGCCCCCGGACACGGCUCAAGCCCAAGUUGACCCAGUUACUGUUAGCAUGACAGCUGUUGGACUUGCGGGAUGCUCUCAAGUUUUUCGAGACCCUGAGCUUAUGACGCGGGCACAGGAGAGCUAUGGCAUUGCUCUCGGAUUGACGCACCGUGCUCUUCGCGACCCGAUUGAAGUGGUAAAGGACACAACUAUGCUUGCCGUUCUUAUACUUGGCACAUUCGAAUUCGUUUCAGGGUUCAGUUCUCAUACAAUGCGUGCUUGGCAGGAUCACGUCAACGGAGCUGCUGCCCUGGCGAGUAUUAGAGGAGCCGCCCAGUUCCGGAGCAAAGCCGGCGCUCGAAUGUUUCUUAUGCUCUGCCAUACCGUUCUUAUCAGUUGCAUUCAAAGUGGCCUCCCUAUGCCACAAACACUAAUAGAUCUUCGACGGGAGAUCCAACUUACCGAAGAACUAGAAGGACCUGACUUCCAUGUGGCAUAUCCAAUAUACAAAGCACUACAGGUACGGCAUGACAUCAAAUCGGGGAAACUUGACAACCUCGAUGACAUAGUUACCGCCAUAUCUGAUGUCGAGGAGGAGUUCUCUUCGGUACUGCUCGGACUACCAACAUCCUGGAAGUAUCAUCGUGUACAGCUAACGCAGCCGGACCCUCGAGUUCUAGGCCAAACCUGUCAUGUUUAUACAGGACUCCUCCAAUCAACCACUUGGAAUAUGGUGCGCGGAAUACGGAUGCUCCUGUUGGAAACACUCGUUGAGCGGUUGUGUAAAACUUGUAAGCCGCAAGGUAGCUCUGCAAUAUCAGAGAGUCAUCUCAAGUUACUGGCACAAUCUAUUAAACUGCUGGAUAUGCUAGGACGAGCGAUUGCGGCAAGUGUUCCUCAGCACCUCGGGGUUGUUAGCAUUCGGGACAUCCACGAUAACCGGAAAGAUCAAGUGCACACAGUAUCAAUCGCUGCGAAGAUGCAAGCCUGUCGUGUCCUAUCCUCACCACUCGUACAAGACUCACGGACUGGGGAAGAGACAUCAAAUAGCGGCGGUAGUCCAUUACUACUUGAUCCAACACAGUCGGCGCCUCAAUCCGCUGAUGCUACCCGGUUCAUGAGCCUUGCUUCGGCAAACAAUACCAUCAUUUGGCCGCUUUUCAUGCUCGGCAUGUCGACGGCCUGUUCUUCGGAGACGAAGCAGUAUGCUAUCGAGGGAUUGCAAGCUAUGCAUAGAGAGGCUGGUUUGGAACAAGCACGUGUUGUUGCGGAACUGCUGCAGGAAAACCUGCGAGAGAUGAACGACUCUUCUACUCUCAGGUCAUCACUUCUUGGCGAGCUUCCACCGGUAGACUUGAAAGCCCUGCCUCUGGUGGUCUAA